GAUUGUGUCUCGAAGAAGGGGUCGCUGCCGUGCCCGUGUGUCAGUGACUGAGUUGCUAGCCGCCGCCUGACUCCACCUAGAAGAGCUGCGCCCCUGGUACGGACUUUUUAUUCCGCCUUUUAAAGUGGACUGGGAGCAAGACGGAGAGUCCUCUUCAUCUCGAUCGAUAUCCCCCAACGCCGCGUAUUAUCGACGAGAGAGCUCCACUGACACAGUGACACUUGCCAACGACAACAAGUAGAGGCCAUCCCCGAGGCGACACCGUGUUGUAAGUGCGCACAAGGGCUACACGACGGUCCGGGAUGGAGCCCGAGUUUCGCGGCAACUUGGUCGUCUCUGGCAUUCGUCUGGCAUGUGUCUUUUGUCGCAAACGCAAAAUCAAAUGUGACGGAGGCGCGCCGUGCUCAGGAUGCAUCAAGUUUAGUCGCGCCAACGAGUGUUCCAUCUUGUCUGAAGAGUCUUCGAGUCAGGGCCGCAGCUAUGUGUCCUAUCUACAAGAACGCAUCAGGACACUUGAGAAUACCGAACCACCGCCGCCGCAGAUUCCUAUUGACCCGAUGAUGGAGGAGAAUGAGCAAGAUCUGUGGGAGAUGCCGGAGGAGUUGCCACAAGUGCUGAGCGAUUCAGCGGCAGAUCUCGAUGCAAUCCUAACAGAGGUACGUGGCAUGGUCGACGGGCCCUCGAGCUCAGUCCUCGUUUGCAACGGACUUGAAAAAUGGUCCUUCAUGAAGGCCAUGACUGGCUUUUCUGGAUGGCGCGACGAGACGGGGCCUCUUGGAGAAUUGCCUGGCAAGGACUUGGUCCAACCACUUGUGCAACGCUACUUGCGUGCUGUUUAUCCGAUUCUUCCCUUUAUCGUUGUCAACGACUUGAAGCGUGCUCUGGAGCAGUACUGCGCCGUACCACGGACAGCUUCAAACAAUCAAAUCUUCCUGGUCCUGAUGGCCAUGGCGAUCUCAACAGCGACCAUAUCGCGCAACGCUUCUUCCGUUGAAUCGCACAAUGCCUUGCGUUUAUUCAGCACAGCUGGUUUAUAUGCUGCUUAUGAGGUGGACUCGAUCGAUGGCAUGCAGGCAACCUUACUGAUGCUCGAAUUUGCCAUGUUUAUGCCCAGCAGACUCGACGGCUGGUACUUGUCAGGCGUCUUGUGCCGCUCAGUAACGUCUAUGGGCUUCCACCUCGAGGAAAACUGCAACGAAGACCGCAGACGACUGUUCUGGGGUAUCAUCUUUCUAGAUCGCUAUAUCGCACUCGCUACCAACCGCGACUUUGAGGUGGACGAGCGCUACAUUACCACCAAGAAACCGGCCAAAAUCCAAGAUUUGCCAGAUCGUGGAGAGAUCUUCUUGACGCGGAUGGCGUUGCAGACACGCAUCAUCGAUACGUACUUACAGCUCAAGAUGCCAGGCACGGUCAUCGAGCAACUUACACAAAAGCAGGAGCUCGUUCUUGAAGGCAUCGAGCGUAGUCUUAGCUCGCCUGCAAAACAAAUGCUCAUGGGCGAAAUCAAUAUUGUCAGGCUCGUGCUGUAUCGUCCGAAUUCCCUACGGCAGUUUCGGAGCAUCGACCACAUUUACCGACUACGACGUGCUGCGAUUGGUUUCAUUACGCAAAUGCACAAGCAAGUACAAAAGUCCUCGCAAAUCUCUGUGGAUCUUGUACAGAUCCCUGCGCUUUACAUUGCAUCUGUUGCAUUAAUCUGGGCGCACAUGGAUGCCUCUUUUCAUAAGGAACUCGAUGCAAUGCGGAAACGCGAUUACCCAACGUUCCGCAACAUCUUGGCGGAGACGGCAGUCGCUAUGCAUCAUACUGGCACUGCUCUGACUACCAUGACUGCGCUUUCUGGCAUCGGUGGCAAUCUUGCUAGUUCCUAUGAAUCUCUGUGUGCCUUUGCAGUUGCUCACAUGGGCUCUGUACAACCGCUUCAGCUGAGUGAGCUGCCUCAGGAGAUUCGUACAUUUUCACGACACCAGCUCGAUCGACCAAGACGCAAUAGUCUGCAUGGAGAAGCUGACUGGGGUGACUUGAUGAAGGGUAUCUUGUGUAAUGUUGCCUCUGAUCAAGACAGAGCAACGGCCACAGGAAAUACAUUGUUGGGACAUAUUGCACCACCGACGCAACAUCAACAGCUCCAUCGUAUGGCCAUGCCAGGAUCAGGAACGGCAACUCAACCAACCCUCCUAUCACCUGGAAUAAUAGCGCCUGCUGCAGCCCUUGCUAGUGCGAGUGCGAGUUUAUUGUCGAGUUCAGCAGCAGUGCAUGGGUAUAAUGGUCUCCUUGCACCGCCUUCGCAGCUACCCACCUCCUCUUCCUCUUCACCCUUACAAAUCGGAGGUAUCAUGCGGAAUGGCAUGGGUGAGAAACGGUCUGCACCGCCAGACUUGAUGGUUGGUCAGGAGAGUGGUGAUUCACCUGCUGGAUCACAACAUACGACUGGUUCUGCAACGUCGUUGAUGGAAUAUAGUGCGUUUGCAGGCAGUUAUGGACAACAACAGCAACAGCAUGGGUAUGGUGUACCUUCGAGUUUGAGCAUGCAUUUGGGGUCUGGAGGACAACAACAAGUCUUACAGAACAUCACCUCUGCGCCUGCUCAUGGCGUAAAACGACAAAGACUUGGUGGUCCUGGACAAGAUGAUUCACCACGGAUUAAAUACGAUAUGCAGCCACCAAUUGGACUGAAUGGUCAACAGCAAGGGUACCCUAUGUUGCAAGAUCCAGGGAUGUUGGGGCAACAUGGCGGUGAGUUGGUUGGAUAUGGUCCUAUGAUGAAUGGACUUGCAGCCCAGCAACAGCAACAGCAGCAACAGGGUAAUGUACGACGUAUGUCGUUGCAUAGUCAUGGGCGUGUUACGGACCAGACGAGUAGUGAUGGAGGUGGUGUCUUGCACCCUACGAUGCAACACGCACCAGCAACGCAGGAGCAGCAUCAUUAUGUUCAUGGUGCGUUACCACUGCCUCCAUUGGGUGUCAUGCAGGGACAUCAGCAGCAGCAGCAACCACAGCAACAGCAGUAUUACCCGGUGCCUGUGGAGUAUUACACGCAGCAUGCAGUCCCUGCAUAUGACCAGCAGCAACGAUAGAUACGGAGUAUGUACAAUAUCAAUAGGCGAACAUCAAUUAAGAGCACACAUAAGAAAGGCAGAGGAAGUAUCAUCGUGAAAGGAUU